GCGUGCGUGAACCAGCUGUAAUUUACAUGCGCGUGAUUUAAACACCCCCUUUUCCCCACGCUACCCCUCCCCUAUUGCCCCGUACACCCCAUUCUUCUGCCUCUUUCUUUCUACUCCACUCACUCACUGUCUCACGCGCUCGGCUUCACAUUCAUUGAGUCCAGCUUUAAACAAUGAGAAUGGAGGCGCUUUGUGUCGGACAGACAUCGACUCGCGCCGUUGUGUUUGUUUAAUACUUUCUGCUCAUAUUCAGGAUCUCGAUAAACACAAUGGGGUGCUGCAGCGGACGAUGUACCCUAAUAUUUCUCUGCACGUUUCAGUUGAUGGUGGCAUUAGAGAGGCAGGUGUUUGAUUUCUUGGGCUAUCAGUGGGCUCCCAUCCUUGCCAACUUCUUCCACAUCCUGGUUGUUAUCCUGGGCCUGUUUGGCACCAUUCAGUACCGACCUCGCUACAUUGUGGUGUACACUGUAUGGACGGCGCUGUGGGUGGCCUGGAAUGUCUUUAUUAUCUGUUUCUACCUGGAGGUUGGAGGACUGUCAAAGGACAGUGACCUCUUGACCUUUAACAUCUCAGCUCACCACUCAUGGUGGAGCGAGCACGGGCCGGGAUGUGUUCGAAGAGAGAUCCAUGCCAGCGAAGACCAAACACAGUCCUAUAUAUCAAUCAUGGGCUGUCUGCUGGACUACCAGUACAUAGAGGUUCUUCACAGCAGCUUCCAAAUUCUUAUCUCUCUGUUAGGUUUCAUCUACGCCUGCUACGUCAUCAGCGUUAUCACAGAGGAGGAAGACAGCUUUGAUUUUAUUGGUGGAUUUGACCCAUUCCCACUCUACCAUGUCAAUGAGAAACCAUCUCAUCUUCUCUUAAAGCCUUUGCAUCAGUCUUCGUAAAUGAGCAGCUCAGAUGAUUCAUCCACUCCAGUAGACUUUUCCUCAUUCAUUGAGAUCCACUGCUUCCUCAUUAAAACGCUCUUCAAUCUUCAUUAUCAACCCCUGCGGGUCUCGACGAAGACCGGAGAGUCGGCCGUCCGAUCCAACUCUGGACAAUGUACAGUUUGAACAAAGUGCAGCUGCCUCGUUUAAAUGACAUUACAAGUGGCUGUAAAACGUAUCUAAACAAAAGGUCCACUAUUUUUAUUAGGCAGGUCUACAUGCUGUGUGUGUGGUCUGGGCAUGGUAUGCAUUAUAUGAUCUCAUAGACAGCAACUCUGUGCUUUGUUCAGAGUUACUCUGAGGAGUUCAGAUGUUGAGGUUAACCGAGUUCCAGCUCUUUGUGAGGAGGGCCAAUGAAUGCUGUUUACCUUCACACAGGAUUUGCACAUGUACACAGUAAAACAGAAGAGUAAGAGGAAGGGUGGUUUGGAAAGUGGGUGGGGCGCAGGGUAAAACACAAAGCGAGCAAACCUCCUGUGGAUAUUUUACAAAAAUAGAAGUUGUUUCAUGUCAAAAUAUGAUUUGUGAUUUUGAAUUACAUUAGUUUUAGUCUUAGCCAAGCGGUUUUGUAUGCAGCAUCCCCCCAAAAAUAUUUAUAAAUUUUUCAGCCAGACUUCAAAUAUGUCAACACGUUAGAUAACUUAAAGGUACAGUGUGUAACUUUUAGGAGGAUCCCUUGACAGAAAUGCAAUAUAAUAUGCAUAACUACAUUAUCAGUGGUGUAUAAAGACCUUACAUAAUAAACUGUAUUGUUUUUAUUACCUUAGUAUGAGACGUUUUUAUCUACAUACACCGCGGGUCCCCUUACAUGGAGGUCACCAUCAUGUUUCUACAGUAGCCCUUAAUGGACAGACUGCUCUAUAGAGUGUAUUUCGUUCCUACGUUGUCUCAAACAAUGAUGUGUUUGUCCUGUGAUGGCUACAGUAGCUUCUCUAUGCGUUUCGAAAGGGAGAGUGUAGGCCGUUGGUUGCAAUUCGCAAUCUCACCACUAGAUGCCACUAAAACCUGGUAUGUUUUUUUAAGUAGCACACUUUACAAUAAAACAUUGAAGUAGAUUUUUAACAAUAUACUGUUCAUGGGGUAAGUCAUAAAUACAAUGUUUGUAAUGUAAUGUUUCUGUAUCGGUAGUCGUAUGUUAAUAAAACAGCUAUUCUCUAAAAAUGCUUGGUUAUUUUCAACCCACCAUUGGAUAAAAAAAACUUAAUUUAACCUACAGGGUUGUUUUAACCUAUAUUGUUGGGUCAAAUAUAAACAUUUGUGUGUGUUAACGGUUGGGUUUGUACAUUUUUGAGCCAAUGUUGGGAUAAAAAAAUAACUCAGCAUUUUUUAUAGCAUGUUGUCUUGAAUUAUGCCAAUGGACAAAAAUGCUUUAACGUUACUGUGAUCAGUAAAAUGAUGAAGGUCUAUGUUUGCAGAUAAGAUUUGCUUUGUGAUCUAAUGCUACCGAAUUCAUACAUUUGAAGUGUGACUCAAAUGGCCAAAUACUAUUUUUGAUCACUGUACAGUCCCCAUCAGUGUUUUUACGCAUUAUGUUUUUAAUGAUUCAUUUAUAUAAAAAUAUUUUCUGGUAUAUCAACCUGUCAAUCAACCAGAAAAUAGCCGGGGCUUCCUUUUUGGUAUUGAGUCCCAUCACUUAUCACAUAAUCUCAUAUUGUUUGCUUUGUAGAUCUGUCAGAUAUAAUACACUGUCAGAAAUAAGGGUACAAAAGCUGUCACUGGGACGGUAACCUUUGAAAGGUCCUAUAAUAUGUACCAUUUAGGUACAGAUAUGUGCCUUUGAGGUACCAAUACGUUUUGUGCUCCCUUUAGGCACUUUUUGAAAGUGACAGCUUUGUACCUUUAUUUCUGAAGAAUUGUGCUUUAAUAUCAUGUAAUAUUUUCAGCAUGUACCCUUAUGAAUAUGAAUGAGUAACGUUUGAGUGAUUGUCAGUGUCUUUCACUGUUGAUGCAAAGCUACUGUAUCUGUUCGUUAAAAAAAAUAAACCAUUCAGUACAUUUGGUUGACCUGACAUGCAAUGCUAGAUGUAUCAUAAUGUGCGUAAAUGUCUUUUAUACAUGGAGGAAGGGUUUUUUUUUUCAAACUGAGAUGUGAAGGAAGGUUGAAUGCCAAUCUGAACAAGUUGCUUAGCCGAGUUGGUUAUUAAUGGCAGAUAUUAUCAAAGACUUUGUGUGCUGUAUAAGCAACAUUAGGUGCUAAUGGAUCUGGGUUAUUUUACUCUGUCAUCAGUUAUUCUCUUUUGUUCUUCCACACCCAUGGCUUCCUUCUGUGAAGUCUUUCAAUUAAAGAUGUGUAAAGUCUUCUGAAGCCAUGAAGAGAUAGCCUUGAAUGAAACGUGUCCUUAAACAUGUCAAGAUUUUUAAUGUGUGUAUCAAGUAAAUUACAGAUUUGUGUAGCACUUGUCUUUGUCAUCACAUGCUCAUGGACUUAUGCUGCCAUCUAGUGUCCAAUAUGCUUAAUUACAACCACAAACUCUAUGGACUGGAAAUAUAUCUUUUUUUUACCAAUCUUUUACAAUAUCUGUGUAAUUCUACAUAGGUUAGGAUGUUGAAUAUAGGUCAGUGUUAUAAAGUUAUGUCGCUCUCUUUUUCCUGGUGUCACAUCUUUUGUUUUGAUCAGGUAUGUUUUUGUAAACCUUUUUCCUGUUUUGACCUAUUUUCCAUAGUGACUGCCUGUCCAAUAACACGUGUUUGCUGAGCAGUGUAAAUAGAUGUUUGUUAAUAAAAUAUUUGCUUUUCA